AUGGAGGCAGCAGACCGCUCCGUUUACAGCACCCAAGGCCCUGGGGUGAACUCCAGGAGCACACGGAGCAGCUUCCGCUUUUUCUCCCGCCAAAAACUCUCCACUCCGCCUGAUUUUUCCGAAACACCGCUCAGGCGGGCAAAGUCAGCGCAGGGCUUUUUCGCAGGCACAUUCAAGGCAACCCCAUUUUUCAAACGUGCCAGCGUUGUUCCGAACCAGGCUGACCGGAAUGAGUCUGAUGAUAACGGCACUGGCUUUGCGGACUCUGACUCGGAUCAUGAGAGUGACGUGCUUUCAACGUUUGCUCCCAUACAUCCUGGAGAGUCGCUGGCAGUUCAGUCAUCUGGGUCCCUUGGAGAGACUAAUGAUAGCCAUCAGCUUAGCGAGGAGACUCGAGAAGCAACCUUGGAGGAGAAGAAGAGCCUCCUCGACCCCACCCCAGAAUCGUCAACUCGAUCCGUCAUUUUGGUGUCUCGGAGACUGAAGAACUACUUCCGAAAAAACAGGAGCUUCUGGUCUCAUGAGGUAUGUUAA